AUGAGACCACUGUUUGUGCUUGUUAGCACGUUUGCACUUGUGCCCUCUUUUAAUUGCCUCUCAUCGUCCGAUAAGCGGUCCUCUACUUUUAGCCAGGACCCCGAAGGAAAUCUGAAGGAGACUGUGGUUCGGAGCCUGGGCUCUGCGGUUGGACAAACACAAGAAUCUCAUUUUAUGAAGCAUGGGGCUCGGGCAAAAUAUUCCAUUCUUCCGGCAUCUCAGACAGGGGUUGUGUCUAAGCCGGUGGAAUUGAGAGCAACAAAUUUGGGUAACUAUGACCGUCAUAAUAACCUCAUUACGGUCACUGACCGAGUCACAGAUUCCAAUGACCACAUAUCGGAAAAAAAGGUUGCUCGAAGACUCCCCCGAAGAGUCAGACUCGGCUUGGAGUGGCUGGGUGUUUUUGCGACCGGCUUCGGUUUCUGGGGCCUGAAGGAUGGUUGCGGUGAUUACCACGAAGGGGGUGACGCUGCUCCCGGAGCUAAAUGCAUAGUGGCAGCACUGGGUACCGGCGCCCCCCUCGUCAUUGCGGGAGAUGACACAUGGGAGUAUAUCUCAACGUUAACAAACACUGGGGUAAAUGUCGUCGGGCAAGUGGCUGAUAUUCCCCUUGAGAACUACCCUAUCCAUCGUCUUCCAAAUGGUCCCUUUUUCCCUAAUAUGGCUGAUCUACCCGCUAAGCGAGACGAUUCGGUUGGUCGUGUCGAGCGUGCCAUAUCAACGAAGCUUGGCAUGGAGGUCAGGCAUGUCGGAGUGUGGGAUGGAAACCACCCUGGAUCGCCAGAAAAGCGUCACGACAAAACCGAAGCUCACCCGGUGUUUGCUAUGGACCGCAAUGGUCAAGACUUUCACUUUUCCUACAUGGGGCGUCGCGAAGAUACUGGCGAACACAAAUUCAUAUUCGGCUAUGGGCCGGGCAUUGAAAAUCAACAGAACAAAAUGCGACUUAAAGCUCGCCAGGCUUUCACGUACAACACACAGUAUUUCGACCGCGGUGGUCUCGAUAUUAUUGGACAAUCCGAUAUCAUGGGAGGUAGCAACCACCCUGAGGUACAACCUGACCUCAACGACCCGAACAGCUAUCAAUGGCUAUACGAGCAGAUGAACUGUUAUAUGGAUGGAGGCUCAUACGAAGCACUCAGGCACCACGGGCUCUGGUUCCAGAUCUAUGAUAGUAAUGAUGAGGGUUCACAUCCUGGCACCCUCGCUGCCGGAGCUAUCGCUGCUUUUGGGCCAAGCACACCAUCAGCAAUAUCAUGGAUGCAAUCAAGUGGCGGAAUACCUACGGUAGAAGGAUGUUCCUCAAUAGGGCCCUGGAAGAUGUAG